AUGAGCUUCAUAACCAGCUCGCGGAAGCUGGACUUCCCUACAAAAGAAUACUGGACGACCCUGCACAUGCCCAACCUCGCCAGACACGUAAACCACCUUUUCGAAAACCAAGGACGGUGGAUCAUGAAGUGGAUUUAUUUCAUGUGUUGCUUGAUUCUACUCGCCCAACUCCUUUGCGAUCGGGCCGCUGCAGGUUAUGGACGGGACCAAAAGUACGGAGAUAUGGCAAUUCGGGGGGGCUGGCGUGGCCUCCAUGGGGACCCUGCUGAAGAUCAGCGCUUCGAGAAAUUCGAGGGACACAAUCAAGGUGUGUUCUUGCUUCUGACCUCAUCUGGACCAGACACGCAAUACAAAAACCCUAGACUUUUGCGUCCAUCUAACCAAGCUCACUGGACUGUGCUCACCCGGUGGCCAAUCUCGUUAUUCAAGAAGCAGAAUCGUCUUCCGGUACCGGAUUGUUGUCAACGAUUCGAAAGAAACUGA